UUUUAGCACCAAUUUUGUGUGGGAGAUAUUUCUUUCUCUCUGUGAAGCCCUUCACACACCGCGUUGCGAUUGAUUUCCCGGAGAUUAGAGUCUGUGAGAGCAUCUGAUUCAGAUUUGAAGAUUUUGAAGCUAAGAGUUUACAUCUGUGCGGUUGUUUUUCUGUUUUUGUGAGGGAAUUUUCGGAGAUUUGUUAUGACGAACCCUAGAAACCAAGAUUCGGCCGGUAUCGAUGAGAUCGAGGAUCUCGAUCACGUGAACCGAUACGACUUCGAGGACUUGGACGACUCUUCGUCGAUGGAUGCCGGAUCCAGUGCGAGUUCGGGCGGUUCGCGAGAGACCGGCGGGUCGAGGAGCGAGACGGGCCUUGCGGACCGGUUGACGGACAUUCUUGUGGACGAAGGGGAUGGAGAUCUGUUGCUUCAGCAGAGCGAUCGCGAAGACCGGGUUAUGCGGUGGCUACAGGCUCUGGAUAUGCAGGUGAUGGGGGCUUGUCGCGUCGAUGAGAGAUUGAAGCCUUUGUUGAAGAUGAACGCUUCGAAUGGUCUCGCCGAGGAUCGCUUGCUGGCUCAGUUAAGUCAGCAUUUCGAGCCAGCAGAGGUUGGAAUGCUAGCGAGGUGCUUCUGUAUACCUCUAGUUUCGAUUCGUGUGGGGAAGAUCAAGAAGCAACAGACUCUCUUUUACCCAACUGCUACAAGGGGAAAUCUGAAUCUUACAAUUUUGCCAACAUCUGAUUUGCGCCUAUCAUUCAUUGGGGAUGAUGGUCGGACAGAGAGAUUGUUUACCUUAGGUAGUAAAUCCCAGUGCGCUGCUGUAGCAGUGGAUGAGAUCCCAGCAGAUAAUUCUGGCCGAUCCUUCCUUAUAAAGAUUCCAGAUGGCCAGGUUUUCUACUUUUGGUGCUCAGAGAAGUCGAGGCUUCUGGGAAUUGAAUUGCUUGUUAAGAUGAAGGAUUUAGUCCAGAGGAAACCUUCUGUUGCUGAAUUAACUGGAAUAAGCGAGUCACGUCUCACCUGUUUUGCAACUCAGCUUCGUGCCUAUCUUGUGGCAACAGUGGAUAGCUCACGAGCUAGUUCUCCAGGCUCAUCCAUUCCUCCUCUUGAUGCCACCCCUGAACAGUCCAGUACAUCUCAGAAUGGACAGUCCUUAUCAACAUCAUUUAAAUCUCUGCGUUCCCGACACACCGGCAGUCAAGCCAUAAAAGCAAACUCAUUUUAUCAGGGUAGCCUCAGUCCCAGAUCAAGUUCCUUUAAAGAGGGCCUGCCCAGAAGCUUGUCUUCUCUAAGGAGUGCUUCUAGGGAAAAGCUGCGACGGCGAGGGGACAGCCAAUUUUCAGCGGUUGACAGUCUGACAAUGACUUUGUCAAUUCCAGUUGAUGCAUCCUCUUCAAAUAAUUCUGAAGAUGACAAGCUCCCAGAAAUCACCAGAAGCGUGUCGUUUUCCCCUUCAAGUUUUCUAGAAUCACUAGGGAAAUUGGCUGUUCCACCAGCUCUAAGCCCCACAACUCAAGUCGGUUACGUAGGUUCACCUCUCUUCUCCCCUUACUAUUGUUGGUGCCCUCCUGGUGCAUCAACUCUGCAAUUUUCAGCAGCACCUGAACAAAUUCCUGCAUCAUUGAGUGAAUCACCAUUUCUUCCCCCACUCUCUUCUUUAUUACCUGCUAAUAUGUCAUCCACCGUGUUGACUUCCACCCUGCCUCUCAAUCUGGAUGAAGUUUCUUCGGUGAAAUUCCCAGCUUUGCUGCCGGACUCGAUGGUCCGGUUGCCAAUUCAAACUUCUAAGCAGAUACCAAUCUUCACACCUUUAAUGUGUGACCCAAUUGUUCACAUUCCACUUAUUGAUGUAUGCUCUUCAGGUCAAGGCUAUCUGGUUAGUGCUGGUCCCGCAAUUUCAACGGGCAUUCCUCCCUUGCACCCAAACCUUGUGAACCCAUUGAUUCCUGAAACCGACUCAAUGGUGGAAAAGGGUGCAAGAGAGACUCUGCGUCUGCUCAUCAGUGGAUCAACCCAGACUAACCCACCGUUGAUGGGUUUCCCUGCUGUUCUAACAAAUGCAGAUCAGAAUCAAAGUAUAUUUGUUGGUGGGAGCAGGGGUCUCUACAGUGGAACCAGAGACGUUGAUGUUAUUGCAAACAGCAUUGCUGCCAUGGGUUUUGUUUCACUGUCUGGGAGAUCUGAUGGAGACGGCCAUGAUAAUACAGAUUCUCAGCCAAAGGGAUCUUGUUCAGAUGGUAAAGGAACCGCCUCUUGUUCGGAUUGGAGGGAAGAAACUGAUUGAGACAAUGCUUCUCAUGGGCUCAUUUUAUUUUUCUUUGUAGAUCCUGUUUUUGUUUACCCAAGAUGUAGAUAUGUGGCUGUAGCUUUGCCUUUUUGAAUUUAUAACUAAUGGAAAAUUCCACCAUUUGUUUUUCUCGAAUGUGCCCCCAAUUGAAUGAAAUUUGGAUUUUGUUUUUCCUC